AUGAAAGGACCAACUUGCGGCACCGAAGCAAGUUCUAACCUGAUUCAUCACAAUCCCUGGUUGACGUAUAUAGAAUAUUGGAGGGGGAACACCAGGAAUGAUAUCAGAUGUGCUGCUUCCCUCAUCAACAGUAGACAUCUCCUCACGGCAGCUCAUUGCAUCAAAACUCCUAAGUUUACCAGGUUAGUAGCACGACUUGGUGAAUACGAUUUGACCAGCCAAGGAGAUUGUGUCAAUGGAGUCUGUGCUGACCCUAUCGUCAGAUUAGAAGUAGAAGACGCCAUUGUUCAUCCAGGAUAUGAUGGGAAAAACCAUGAUCUUGCUGUUUUGAAGCUGGCGGAAGACGCCCCCUAUACAGACUUCAUCCGCCCAAUCUGUCUCCCAUCCGGAGAUCUCCCACCCAACACGGUCUUCGCAGCUACAGGUUGGGGAGAAAUACCCCAAAAAGGAUACUACAGUACCGUCAAGAAAAUCAUACCCUUACCUUUGUGGACACGAGAAAAAUGCGAGGCUACUUACGGAGCUAGGAAAGUCCCGAUUAAUACUAUCUGCGCUGGUGGUGAAGAAGGCAUUGAUACUUGCAGAGGAGAUUCCGGGGGUCCCUUAGUCUGGGUCAAAAAUAACGCCGAGUUGUGGGGAGUGACCAGUGCAGGGAAUAGUCAUUGUGGGACUAAAAACUCGCCAGGUUUAUACACGAAUGUAGCUGAUCAUUUAGAAUGGGUUAAAGAUGUUAUUUCAGGGAAUUAUAAGUAUACUCCUAGAGUAGACUUUGAUGUAUUAUAAGUAAAAAAAGUCUGAAAAAAAGGAAAAAAUAGAUUUAUAAAAAAAAUACAAAAAUGUAAAAAAGCUUUAAAAUAAUAAGAAAAAAGUGAUAAAAAGUGCCAUUAACAUAAAAAAAUAUAUUAUUUUUAAGUUUUUAAGAGUUAAGGAUAAGAAUUGCUUUUCUGACAGUUUUGUGUAUGUCUUAGAAAGAAAGAAAAAACUGUCUGUUCUUAAGUAACCACCGUUGUGACAAG